AAAAAAACGCACCCCAAAAUCCACACAAUACGCCAACGGCGCCUCAAGCGAGUGGUUAAGCAACCUGCGAGAAAAAGGAUUCUCACUCUCUCUCUCUCACUCACUCUCUCUCGCACACGCUUUCUUACGCUCUCUGUUUCACCGCUCUGCGUUCAUCCUUGCUGCUGCUGCUACUGAAAAUAGGGGAAAAUCUAGUCAGCUGAGCGGUUCGGGCUAGUGCGACUACGACCAGGACGCGACUCCAGUUCCAUCCAGUCAGCAGUGUGUGUGAGGCGCUUUCAUCGACAGGACACCCCGUCGCACUUAGAGCGGUGCGCCCGGAAGUUGGUGUGAUUGCCCACCCUCCAAUUUUGUGGGUGUGCGUGUGUGUGAGUGUAUCUAAUCUCGUGAGUUGGCGCAAGUGGCAAACAGUGGUGUGCUGCGUGACAAGCGACGGCAGCGUCCUAAGUUGGUCGUGUCGUGCUGGCAAAAGUAUCGAUUUUUUCGACUCUAGCGAGCUUUCCGGAUGUUGAAACUAAAGUGCGCUUUUCACUGAGCUGCGUGUGUGUGUGUUUGUGUCUUUCGUUUGACGUAAAGUUACUCUUUCCUUCGGGAAGAAACGACUAAUUUCCACCGGAUCAGCGUGUACAAUGACAACAACGUCGUCGUCCGCCGGCGGCGGCCCGCCGGAAGUGCGAAGCAGCCGGAUCAGCCAGAAGCAGCGCACCCCGAGCGACGGCACCGACUCAUCGUCGUGCAGUGCCCGCGAACCAUGGAUUUCCACCAACAAGAUCCUCAACAGCAGCCUGUGCGGCCGGCGCAUCAACAGCCGCAACCCGAACUUUGACUACGACGAGACGAAGCUGCUGAUCGCGCUGUGGGGCGAUCCGGUGGUGCAGAAAACGCUCAUCACCACGCACAAGAAGCACCCGGUGAUUGCCGAGCUGGCGCGCAAGAUGCGAGCCCACGGGUACAACCGGUCGACGGAGGAGAUUAACACGCGCAUUAAAAAUCUGAAGUGCUUCUACAACCGCAUCAAGAAGGAUAUGGCGGCGGGCAUUAUUAACCAGACGACGUGGCGCCAUUACGCCGAGAUGGAUGAAAUCAUCAGCCGGCCGGUGUUUGGCAACAAUGCGGCACGGUUGCAGGUACAGCAGCAGCAGCAGCAGCAAACGAAUCAGUCGGAGUCGGAGGAGCAAGGAAGAAAUGAGCAGGAUGAAGGUGGAAAGGACGAGGUGCAUCAGUUGCCGGUGAAGCUGGAGCUGAUGAGCGACGACGAUGAUGAGUACGAGCCGACCGAGAUACGGGCGGAAGAUCUGCUUACCAUCGAUGCGAAGUUUCCGGACGACUCGCCAGCACCGACACCGAGCCAGCGGUCGAUGCGAAGAAGCAGGGGUAGUGCCGUCGGUGGUGGUAGUAAGAAUGGGAAGAGUGCCACCAACGGACGAGCCGCCGAACGGAAGCAAACGGAGGAUGAAGAUGAGGACGACGAUGAGGACGACGACGACGAGGAAGAAGAGGACGAUGACGAAGGUAGCGACUUUGAUGUGGAAAAUGAAUUCAACGAUGGCUUGGAUGAGUUGCUCCAGAAAGCGCAGGCCACCAAAACCAACACCAUGGGGAAACCGGCCGGCCCGAAACCUGCUACCAAUGAGAGCGGGUUGGUGAUAAAGACCAUUACCUCCGGCAAUGGUACUACAAUUACGGCAACGGGCGGCACCUCCACGAGCAUACCGACGGCCGGGAAGAUAUCCGUAGUGCCGACGAAUCUGCUGAUGAAGCAACCGACGGCAGCAUCGGUCGCGUCCAGCAUGGCCACCCCGAUACAGAUCUACACCCAGCCGACGAUGAGCCUCGGGAAGGGCGUUGCGUCUGCCGUGCCGGGCACGAUGGGAGCUUCCGCCGGCGGCGGUGGUGCUGGCAGCGUUCCGGGAGCACCAAUGAAGCUGCUCCUAGUGAACACCGUGGGCAAGGAUGGCAAAACGCAGCAAAUACUGACGCCCGCCUCGGAAGCGACGGCCGCCGGCAUGCCCAAGCUGCUGCCCGCCGCGAUGCCUCACACCAAGCUGCCGCUCUCGGUCACCGGCCAGUCCCCGAUCGUCACCAUACCGACCAUGAAUGUGCCCGGCAAGGUGGGCCUCGAGCAGCACAAACCGAGCGCGACCGGCGGGCGUUCGGCGUCCGGCGGCCAGUCGGCCGGUUUCCGCACCCUGCUCACCCAGCUCGUUACGAUACAGCGCGAAAAUCUGGCACUCAACCAGGAGCGGCUCGCGCUGGAGAAGGAGCGACUCGAGUUCGAGAAGCAGUUCGGUGGCUCGCUGGUCGGCAUGGUGCGCAACAUGAGCACGUUCUUUGCCGGCAUGCUGCAGCAGCAGCGCAAGGAGCAGCACCAGGUGAAGGAUUCCGGCCAGCGCCCGGUGGCACCACCGGCGGACAGCAAAUCCCCGGUCGAGCAGGGAAGAAAAAGCCCGGACGGCAGCAAAUCCCCACCGAUCGGGGAGAAAGAACCGGAAGCCGUUCCCACCACCGCUGCUGCUGCUGGUACUGGUGGUGCUUCGUUGGAGUUGAGUGAAAUUUCGUCCUCUCCUUCCUCGUCCGCUUCUACAUCGCGGGUUGCAUCGCCCACAUCCACCACGAAGGUGUCGGCUGGGGAGAAUGAAAAGGAAUCGAAGGAUGCGAGUGGUACGAAACGACCAGCCGAACCAUCCUCUUCAUCGCCACCGGAAGAUUCUACCGUCGUGCCGGCCGCAUCCACCGGGAAGGCGACAUCCACGUCGGACGUGACGCUGCCCAAGAAGCGCCGCAUGAUGACACGCAACUCAGCGCAGCACAACACAGCGCAGCCUGCCGGAGACGCUAACCACGGACCUGCGGACGACGAUCCGCUCAAGACGGAAAUCAUCAGCGAUGCGGACGAGCAGUCACCAAGGCGGGCCGCCACGAUACGGUUGCGUUUGCGAAACACCCUUGGCAGCAGGGCGCGGCGACAGCAAAGCAAGCAAACCCUCCCAGCGGCGUGGCCCAAAAUGUGGGUCUCCACGAACAAGGUGCUGAUCGGGUCGGUCGGUGGGCUGAAGAAGCCGCACUGCCGCAACCCGAACUUUGACUGCGAGGAGACGAAGCUGCUGAUAUCGCUGUGGGGCGAUCCGCAGGUGCAGCGGACGCUCAUCACCACGCACAAGAAGCACCCGGUGAUAGCGAAGCUGGCGGAAAAGAUGCGCGAGUACGGCUACAACCGCUCCACGGAGGAGAUUAACACGCGCAUCAAAAAUCUGAAGUGCUUCUACAACCGCAUCAAGAAGGACCUGGAGACGGGCGUCAUUAACGAACCGUCCUGGAAGCACUUCCAGGCGAUGGACGAAAUACUGACGCGGCCAGUGUUCGGGGGUGCGAAUGCGGCUAGCCGGUAUCCACCGACGCCGGGGGCAGCGGCGGGUGGGUCGUCCGAUGCAGCGACGUCAUCGGGUGGUCGCAUCACCCGCCCACGGCUGUCGGCCGGUUCGGUGAGCGGGGCCGAGCUGUCCGAGCUGGAUCCGGACCAGAUCGAGGUAAAGCUGGAGCUGGUGAGUGACGAGGAGAAGGAGAUGCUCCAUCCGGAGGACCUGCUGAAGAACGCGGAACAGGUCGAGCUGAAGGAACCGAACCUGCUAAUACCGAAGGACGAACCGAUGGAGGAGGAGGAGGUGGAUGAUCCAAACGAUCCGGACUUUGAGGACGAGGGCGGAAGCGAAACGGACGACGAAAGCUCCGGCAUGGACGAGGCGGAUGAGAGCGAUCGAUCGACACGUUUACGGCGACGGACGAGACGAGCACAUAAGCCGAAAAAGACGAACCCAACAGCCGGCGGGAAAAAUGUACCGACCACCACAUCCGCGACUGCUAGCGGCACAUCCACGAGUACUACCACGAGCACAAGCAACGCAGCCCAACCGAAAGUACCAUCAAUAAAGAUCAUCAAUUAUGCUGGCGGUGGUAGCAUAAGUCUGUCCUCCGUUGCCAACGUGGUAAGCGCCGUAUCGUCCGGCUCAUCGACGGUCAGCAUGACGACGCUGGCAGGGAGAACGGAUGGUGGCACGACUACCACCACGACCACCACGACCCCAAGCAAGAUCUCGCUCGUGCCGACCAACUUCCUCCUGAAGCCGCAAGCCGCCUCCAACCUGCAAGGCUUCAAGCAACCGAUCCAACUGUACACCAAACCGACCGUCUCGAUCGCAACCACCAAGCCCACGCCCGGCCUGUCGCCGAUCGUGUCCGUUAAUGCGAGUGGAGCAGGAGGCACCGGAGUAACACCCACCACCACUAACACCGUUUCAGCGGCCGGCGGCACUACUUCCGGCGGUCCGAUGAAAGUAUUUCUAGUCAACACGCUGGCCAAAGAUGGAACCGGCCCCAAGCAACAGCUCAUCACACCGACCACGGGCAAACAGAUCUACACCACCUCCACCGGCGUAUCACUGCAGGGAACGUCACACGUGUCGGGACUGCCGCAAAUAAGCAUCCAACCCAAGCAGCUACUAACCAGCACGGCCGGAGGUCCGCCAACAAUCACUAGGAAAAUCAUUCAAACCUCCACGCUUCCCUCACUACGGGCAGCGGUCGCUAGGACAGCAGCGCCGCCACCGAAGUUCGGUGGAUUUAAGGCACUGCUGCAGCAGCUCGUGGGUUUGCAGCGGGAGAAUCUCAGCAUCACGAAAACGCGCCUCGUGGCGGAAAAGGAACGGUUCGGGAAUGAGCGGUCCGUAGCGAACUCGCUGUUGGAUGCGCUGGGGGAGCUUAAUGCACUACUGACGGAGGUAAACGGUGAGCUGAUGCCGCUCGGGAAGGAUUCGGACGAGGACGAGGGGGACGACGAUGGGUUGAUCAAGAUUUCGUGCGACAGUCCGGCGUCUAGUCCGGCCCGGAGCGUUAGCAGACAGGAGGAUAGCUUGAAGGCGGAGGUGAUUAGCGAUUCGGAGGAAAGUUAAGGCGAAUAAAUGAUUAGAUCUGCUCUGAGAGAUUCAAAGUGUGCAAAUGCUAAA